GGAUGAUCGACGCUCCUUAACGGAUUUCGAUACAUAAUGUUGAAUACGCUGAAUAAAAUCAGCGAUGCGUGAUGCGUGAUCUCUGCUCGCACCGCUCAUUCCUCGUUGGAUUUUCGGUGGAUCAUCUUCGAGAUGAACAAUAGAGCCUUGCUGUACUUGCUGCCACUGUGCCAGCUGUUGCAGCGAAGUUACGCCUUCCCACAAACGGACGGUAUCGUUUUUGGUUCUACGACUAGUUCUACUACGACUACUACAAUGGCAACAACUACUUCCGCGAACCAGCAAUGCAUGUGUAUCCCUGGAAGCACCUGUCCCAGCAGUCCUGGUGACAUCGACAUCAGAAUCGUCAAUACGGGAAAUGUUUGCUCCACUGGAUAUGUAUUUUGUUGUACACCUGAUAAUAGUGGAUCCUGCGGUAUCCGAAAAGUCGCACUUUCGUCGCAUCCGGUGGGACAAGCUGCGUAUGGUGCAUACCCAUGGCAAGUAGCCAUUUUAACCAAUAACAAUAACACCUACAUCGGAGGCGGAGUGCUGAUCAGUUCGACGCAUGUCCUUACCGUCGCCCAUAAAGUCGCCAAUUAUGUAAACGGCGGUAUCAAAGCAAGACUAGGUGAGUGGGACGCUCAAUCCACCUCGGAACCCGACCCGUACGUAGACAUUUCCGUAUCGAGAGUUACCUUGCAUCCUCAGUAUAAUUCACAAAACCUGCAAAACGAUGUAGCGGUGCUUAAGUUAAGUUCAGCCGCUCCGAUUGCAACUAGUCCCAACAUUAACACCGCUUGUCUACCGUCUGCUGCGCCUGCCGCAGGAACGAGAUGUUGGGUAUCGGGAUGGGGAAAAGAUGCCUUUGGACCUAACGGAAAGUACCAGAGCAUUUUGAAAGAGGUAGAUGUUCCCAUGAUGAGUCAAGCGAAUUGCCAAGCUGCUCUUCGAAGCACGAGACUUGGUCAAUUCUUCGUUCUGGAUAAUAGUUUCAUCUGCGCCGGCGGGGAAGCGGGCAAAGAUGCAUGCACUGGCGACGGAGGUUCACCGCUGGUAUGUUCGACAAAUAACGGACCGUUCCAAAUCGUCGGUUUAGUGACGUGGGGUAUUGGCUGCGCGAGUGCGGGAAUACCUGGUGUUUACACCAACGUAUUCAACUUCCUUUCUUGGAUUAUGCAACAAAUGACGUAAAAGCCGCGAAAUGACGAUCUGAUGCCAUGCCACUUAUUUUAUAGCUUUUGUUAGAUAUAAAUUUUGUAUUCAUCGGAUGUGAGAUUAUUCUUGUGUAUUCUCAUUGUGUAGAAUAGAGUAUUUAAUACAUAGUAUUAUAAAUAGAUAACUAUAUAUAGUAAUGCAAAUAUUGGUGUGAAUUUAUAUUCUUUUCUUCCUAUGUGCUAUUACUAUUACAUUAGAAUUUAUAAUCAUUAUAGUAUCAAUUUGUAUCAAAGAAAAAGGAAACGACGAGCCAUACAAAGUCAAAUAUUUUAUUAGACAAUAAAAAGUGAGAAGAGGUGGGCUACUUAA